GAUUGCCCAGGGCGUUUGACAGCAGCAUUUGUUCAACCGUUAUCUUGCCAACUCUCCCACCUCUGCCAGAACCUCAGGGGUGACUCUUGUCUUUCUGCAUGAUGAGUUGAUCCUCGAGGCGCAUCUAUAAACGGCGACUACACCAUGCUUCUAUCUUCCGACCCUCAGAAGAGAGCCCGGAUCAUUUCCGUGGCCGCAUGUACGACAAUUUCCCUCGCGUGCGGCACAAACUAUGGAUACUCAAUAUGGGGUCCAAGUUUCGCCGCUCGCCUCAAAUUGUCUGCCACCGAUAGUAACCUCAUUGUACGAACCGAGAUGCACCAAAAGAGAUGGGUCUGGGCUGAUAUCUCAUAGGGCACUAUUGGCAACCUGGGCAUGUACGCCUUUGGUAUUCCCUCGGGUAUCAUGGUAGACGCAAAAGGUCCCCGAUGGGGUGUUGUCCUGGGAAUCAUUCUUUUUGCUGCCGGAUACUAUCCAAUUGCUCGAGGUAUGACCGGACAUGCCCGAUUGGUGAUGUGCAGGGUUGACGACAGGACAUAGCAUAUAAUGCUGGGCCAGGGGCAUACAGCGUGGGCUUGAUAUGUCUCUUCUCCUUUUUCACCGGCGCCGGCAGCUGUACUGCGUUUACAGCAUCUAUUAAAGCUGGUGAGUAUGAUGGCCCAGACCAGUCAACAUGUUGUUGACUUGCAAUAGCCGCCCUGAACUUCCCCGAGUCUCGAGGUACAGCAACUGCCUUUCCAUUGGCGGCUUUUGGGUUGAGCGCGAUGUUCUUCGCAGCAAUUGCACUGCUAAUUCCAGCCGGGACCGACAAUUUUCUCAUCCUCCUGGCUACAGGAACGGUUCUGCUGCCGUUGCUUGCAUUUCCGUUCCUUCGCAUUAUUCCUCAACACUCGUACCACCAUAUUCCCCAGCAAGACCGUCAAGUCAUGCAUAGAACCCGAUCGUCCGGAAGCCAUGAUUUUCCCCCUACUGAAGAACCAGGUGCGCCCCAACCCACAAAGAAAGCCCCUUCCUCGAGCAGAACAGUACCUCAACAGCCCGAUACAACCCCUGAAUCCGGGGACGAACAUUCGUCCCUCCUUUCCAGUUCCGAUGUGGAUGAUUUAGAAGGUUCCAAGCACCUAGGAUCUGACAGGAACCGGGAAUCCCCUCAUUUAGACAUCCGGGGUUUCGCACUGCUGCCUCUGCCUGAAUUUUGGCAACUGUUUUCCAUGCUUGGUCUGUUGACGGGCAUUGGCCUUAUGACGAUAAACAACAUCGGCAACGAUGCACAGGCACUCUGGAAGCACUACGAUCCAUCGACGACACCAGAAUUCAUUGAGAAGCGCCAGGCCAUGCACGUCUCGAUCCUUUCGUUCUGUAGCUUCGCAGGGCGCCUGACCAGUGGCAUCGGCUCGGACUUUCUUGUGUCCAAGCUCAACCGCUCGCGCUUCUGGUGCCUCUUUGCCUCCGGGGUGAUAUUCUGCGUCGCGCAGAUCGCCGGCACUGCGAUUUCGACACCACAUUUAUUAGUUCUUUUAUCCGGGUUGACGGGCUUCGCGUACGGCAUGCUGUUUGGAGUCUUCCCCAGCCUUGUGGCGCACUGCUUCGGCGUUCACGGCUUGAGUCAGAACUGGGGGACGAUGACUUUGGCACCCGUGAUAUCGGGCAACAUAUUCAACUUGUUGUACGGCCGGAUAUACGACGGUCACUCGAUCAGAAACGAGGCCGGCGACAUGGAGUGCCUCCAGGGCCGAGUGUGUUACAGUUCGGCGUACUGGGUGACGUUCGUGGCGGCGAUCUUGGGCGUGGGCUGCUGCCUGUGGAGCAUAUGGCACGAGUACCAGGUCCACCGGGUGCGUGACACCAAGGAACAUGCCGAGCAUCACGAGAGAACGGCCUGAAAACUAGUUAAUUUAUAUCUGUUCGGGUGCGUGUCAGGAAAAGGAGGGUGGUGUUUUGAACAUGGACAGUUCAUAUACUUGUUGUAACAGGAACAAUUUUGGUGGAGGCUUAGAUUUUGGAUCGACACGCAUGUGGCGUAUGACGAGCAUAUAUUGAUACGAUUCUGGACGCGACAUGAUCGACCAGCAUGGAUUUUAGAGAUAUAGAGAGCAUACACACGUAUGGUUGUAUUUGUUUUGAUCCCUCUACCAAUACCAAUUAC